ACACGUGGAGAGUCUGUUUGGUGAUGUGUGUGCUGCAGAUCAAUCUGUUACUUGCCUUCGAUAGUAUCCAAUGUCGCCAUCUGUUUGAAAGAGAUACAACCUGUAACCGCUGCAAUCGGCAGUCUCUCCAUCGUGUCGAACACCUCGUACCUGUGAAAAACCUUCGAGCGUUCAAGGAAGACAGGCGGCUGUUCAAAUAGAACCAUCUACCACGGAGUUUGAACCUGUGAGCAUACGACUAUGGCGAGCAUGACGGCGAGCACAGAUUUCCGGCGGUCGAACCACGAACGGAGCCAUUCGGAGAGCUCGGUCUGGAUCGACGACUACCUCAACGCCGACGGGCUGGACACCGACGAUCUGCUAGACCUGAGGAGCGGCGGAGUGAAUCUGCUCGCGCCUUUCGCAGACGAUGAUGAUCUCCAAUCAGCGCUCUCGCAUUUCAUUCCGGAAUGUGCCUUCUCCGAGUUCGAUGCUGUCGAACCAGUCGACAUCGAGACGGUGGAAGCGGAGCAACUUUCCCAAAGCUCAGUCCCCCAUGAUACCACUUCAGUGAGAGUUCCUGAAAUCGGAACACAGCGUCAACGGAGAACGAAAGAGACGAGUCGUAGAGUUAGCGAAAAUGUUUUUCCUGAUCCCGUGCAUUCCGGUCAGAAUGCGUUCGCGUCACCUUCACUGCCUGUGAGCCGUUGCAAUAAAAUUAUUUCGCCGAAGAAAGCCUCGACUCCCUCACCGAGAAAGUGGAUGGGAGCUCACCAGCAGCCCGGGCCGAGUCUCAAAUCGCCCGGAAAGAGCAAACCUAAAACCAGCGAUAGUCCGACGGAAAAGAGCGAUAAAGUUCGGCUGGAGGGAGUGCUAGUUUCUUCGCACAAUCGGGGUAAUGCGAGCUCGAAGAAGCAGAAGAUAGUUUCUCAGGCGCUGCUGGACAAACUGAAAGCUGCCUCAAAGAAGGCGGCACGUCAAUCAAUCCUGAUCUCGACUCCUGUCACGCAGCAGCCCGCCAAACGGUACUUCGUGUCCCUAGAUCACGAUUAUUGUGUUGACAUGACGAAGGGUGAGAAAGAUGAUCUCGAGGUGCAGCCGAUGGAACUGGAGCCAGAAGACGAGAGAGCCGUCGCGCGCAUUGAAGUGCUGCCCGACUUGAGCUUGGCGGCGAGAGAGCUUCCAGUCGAUCGGGCACCACUUGCGCACGACCCCGAUGUCAAAGUCAGCGGAGUUCAAACUUCGGUUAAUCAUCCAGUGGAAGUCGACAGAGAGCAACAAGAACUCGAACUGUGCGCCAACGUGGUCAACGAAGAAGUGGUGACCUCCAUCGAAACGGGGAGCGCUUCGUCGGACUCUGGGAUCGACAGUUUCAUACGCACCGAGGAGGACGACUUCGAAGGCAGCUUACGGAAGGGAUGGACCGAUGGCAAGUCGCGGAAAUCCAGGCGGUCUUCGCCCUCCUCAUCCGACUGCAGCAGUAUCAUGAGCGUCCGGAGCAGGAGAAGUACAAGUCGAAGGAAUCGCGGAAAAAGUUCUUCCCGUCGGAGGGGCUCUCGGAGCCGGAGUCCAAGCCUCCGGAGAACGUACAGCUCCUCGAGACGGAGAGCUUAUUCCCGAGAUUCGUCCCCUGACUCCAACAGCGGUUCUGAAGACCGUCGAUACGACCGAUCACGCGUUGAGAGAAGAUCUCCGUAUGAAACGAGUUGGAACAGAGAUAGAGGCGUUCGUCGCGAGCGGAAAAACAUCUGGGCUUCGACAGAAGAGCCGAAAAUGUAUCCGCGCAUGCCACCCCUGAACAAGUCUGGUCAGAAAACGAUCAUGCAGUCAGCAUUGGAAACGAUCGAGCGAGGUGGCGAUCGUCAAGUUCUCUAUGUCGGUCAAAUCCAGGAAGGCACGACACGCAAUCAGAUCAGGGAGAAAUUCGACCGCUUCGGUCCGAUCGCAGAAGUUUCUCUCCACUUCAGAGAAACGGGGGAAAACUACGCUUUCGUGACGUUCCAUCAACCGAAGGAUGCAUACUUCGCGUUGGAGAACGCCGCCUCAUUGCCCGAUUUCAAACUCUGUUUCGGCGGUAGACGUCAGUUUUGUGGACGCAAGUGGUCUGACCUCGAUAAUGAUCCGGAACGCGCUUACCAUAGCACAGGUUCGAAAGACCUCGUUGAAAAACACGACGACUUCGACUCAUUACUGAGUGCACUCAAGACUGCUUCGAAACGUCGGCAAAUUUAGCGGGAACGCUUGUGAUACCUGAGGAGCACCGCUCAAUCGCGACUUUAGCGGAUUGAAUGAGCGGAAGACGGAUGGCAAAAAUGGACUCGUGCCGCGCGACGAGAACUGAGACAUAGGAAUGAACUGCUCGGAAUGUUUCCAGAACUACUCACCUGAGGUAAUCCGUGCUCAGAGGGUUCGCUACGGAACAGACAAUUUGGACUGUCACUUAAUGCAUGAGAGAUGAUUCAUUUCAUCAAUGAUUUCGUCCGUGGAACGGGGCGUAUAGGGAGAAAAAAUUCUUGGUCAAGCAGGUACUUCAUGUAGGGGUCAGUAAUUGGAAGAAUCCAGAAAAAUGCAAAUGCCCUAAUCGUCUUCCUCAAAGGUUCCCUGCGUGGAGCCGUCCUGGAAGUUACCCCGUUUUAGAAUGUAUACGGCUCCGAGUGAAACCGCACU